AUGAAGUCGCAUCCGUCGCACAUCCCCGUGAAGCGGCUUGAUAUUACGCCAAGGGAGCGCCUCUUGGCCCGCUUCAUCACCCAGCUGCGGAAGCGGUUGUCGGAGUCCGCCACGCUGGAUGAGUUCCGUGCGUGGGUGGAUGAGCAGGCUCAGGCGCUGGAGGCCCCCCUGUUGGAGAUGAGGCCGCGCCAGCGUGGGGAUGCGGGUAAUGCGGUGGCUGUCACCCCGACUUCGCUGGAGUCGCUCUCCGAGUGCGGCGACGAGGGUGUCGAAAGUGGGAUGUACUGGGGCUGGGGGGAGCAGGGCAACGCGUUCACCAGGUACCCCUCGAUGACGGAGUUCUUCCGCGUGACCAGCCCAAAUAACAGCGCGAGACCGCGCAAAAAUUCCUCACGAAUAACAGUCGCCUCGGAGUCCACCGCGGGCACCUCACAGCCGCGUGAAAAGAGCCUGCUGACGCACUCACUCAAAAACGUCGUGCAUUGCGAGGACACCGUGACGGAAAAGGAUGUCGCCUCGAUUCUGCAACUCUCGUCGUUGUGGGCGCCCAGCGUGUUCAAGCGCGGUGUUGCCAAGCCGCUGGGCCGCGGCAAACAAGGCCGUGACGGCGAGACGAAUCCGCUGGAGUCUGGCGGCAGCGUCAACCAGUCCUGCUCACUGCCGCCAGAAAGCGUCCAUGACCUAUUGGGUCUGAGCCCUCGCACGGGAGCCCCACCGCUUCCGACUGGCAUCUCCAUCCUUGACUUGAGCAGUCCGGGUGAGCUUGGUGACGGCAUGCCGGCGUUUUCGCUUGAUGGGCGAUUACCAAAUCAGGGCCCAAUUUUCUCUCGCUCCACUUCGCGGCAUUCCCCCGUGCUACGCCCUACUGCGCAGAUUCAGGAGGCACUCCGCGGCCUUGGCGUUCCCUUCCUAGAGGAUGUGGAGUCUGCUAACGUGAACGUCUUGAAAUAUGAGGAGCGUUACGGUCGCAACGCCUAUGUGUACACGUGUCUUAAUGUUCUUCUUCGGUACAAUUUUUCGCUGCAGUUCGGCUUCCAUGUGGGGCGGCUUCACUGCUUCUACGUCAACGCCGCCAAGUGCAUCUUUGCGGAGAAUCCGUUUCAUAAUAUACGCCAUGCCACAGAUAUUGUUUUAGCGGCCCAUCAGUUUUUGCGGCAGCCGUACGUGGCGGAGAACUUUACUGACGAGGAGCUGUUUAGCUUUCUCUUUGCCUCAACCGUGAUGAAGCUAGGCCAUCUGGGGAUGAGCAACGCCUUUUUGGUGAACGUUCACCACCCGUAUGCUGCCUUGUAUGGCUUUCUCUCUCCGCAGCAGAGCGUCAGCGUUGCAUUGGGGUUUGUCCUAUUCGACUCCCCGGAGUGCCACUUCCCAACCUUCGUCACUGCGCAGGAGGCCGCGGGCGAUUCUACGACGUCGGUGUGGACGCCUGCAAAGGAGGUGGACUUUGAGGAGAUGACAUCGCGACUCAUUAUGCCUACGGACGAACGGGAGCACCAAGUGCUGCUCGCUCAGUUACAGAAAGUCCUGCAGGAGGGGGCGGGGAAUGUCGUGCGUGAGAGUCACUUGAUGAUUAUUCUGCAGAACGUUCUGCAUGCCGCCGACUUCUGUUAUGUCUUUCGUUCCCCAGCCGUGUACCGAACCGCCGCCGCCCAUGCUGUGGCGGAGAUUUACCAACAGGAGCAAACCCGCCUUUGGUUUGAGGAGAAUGGGCUGACGCGAUGGCCCUGGUGUGAGGCCAACGCCGCCGUUUGCGGGGAGCGCUUGACCCCGCCACGGAGCAUUAAGAUGGAUGGCAGCCUGCUUUCUAUGGAGGAAACGCAGAAGUAUUCGGGCGAAUGCCAGCCGAAGUGGGCGUCGGUGAAUUUCUCGGACAUGCCGAACGGCCUCACCCCCAGUGAUUCCUCCAUAACACCUUCAGCAGGCCAUCUUAGUGGGCCGUCGGGCUUUUCUCCGCUCCAUCACGCGAAGAUACUGCAGCUGACGGUGCUGGAGGUGGUGUUCGUGCCGUUUCUAUUUACCCUCUCGCCAUUUGUGCCGGACUACUGGUUGACGAAUGCGCAGAGUAACUUGGUGUGGCUCGGCGACUUAUCAGCGGACGCCUUUGAGACCGAUGUGACGGAGCUGCUGCGCCGUCUUGAGAUUGGGGGGCCUCGGCUGCGGUCAGUAGGCCCCUGCGGGUUUGAGCAUCAGAUGCUGCGCCGCAUCCUCAGCCCACUCCUUUAG